AUGGUAACCAAAACUGUUCCUCUUCAAUUCCUUCCUACUUGCUAUCCUUCUACUAAGCCUACCAGAAGGAAAGGAAGCAAAGUAAAGAUGUGGUGGGUUUAUUGUCUGCUUGUUUGGUACUCAAUUAUUCAAUGUGCUUUUGCACAAAUUAGAUUUACUCAACCAUCGACUACAGACUCAUUUUCAUACGAUGCCAUCACAAUUAAAUGGGCAGAGUCGAAUUUCGGAGUUUCUUUAAAAGAUAUUGAAAAUACAAAGUUCCAAAUCUGUACAAAUAGUGCUGACCAGCCCAAGUAUUGCUACAUGGUCCCAGAAGCCGUGAAGCCUUCCUCGACCGGUUCGUAUGGUCCUUUUUCCAUGCCAGUCAGUCAAGGACGUCCGGGCAGAGUCUGGUUUAUUUGGGCACAGUCUACUACUACUAACGGAAAAACUAUCAAUGACUAUUCCGAUUUCUUUACUAUCACUGGACUCACGGGUACCUUUGAUGGCAAUGUUUUUCAGACGCUUAUGCAGCUGGGCGUUUGGUCUAACACUCCAGUGCAACCAGAAUUUACUUUAUCGUGGCCAACCGGUACUAUGAGAGACUGGUAUUUGAAACAGACCGGUCGAAUUCGUACUGGUCCCAUGCAACAGAGACCGGGUUCUGUCUUUACUGCUCAAACUACAAGUUUUUCACGUCUUUGGGAAACCUCUUCCUACAGUGUUUUCACAAAAUAUGGUAGCAUGCCUUACCCCACUUCUACUGUGCAGCCUGGUCCAUCUUACACUUACACCCUAUAUGCAAACUAUGCUUCCACGGCUUCUUCUCCAGUGGUUACUGCUACUCCUACCUAUGGUUUGAGAAGAAGAGAUCUCUGGUCUCGUGAUGAAGUAAUGGAAUACGAGAAACGCCGCAUGCGUAUUGAUGAGCCUCGUCGUGGUUUGUUCCAUCCUUAA